GAGUACCUAUAUAUUUAUGUCGAAGCUCAACAAAACAACAGAUUAAAGAUGGAGAACUACGAGUACGCUGUGUUUUUUGAGGCAGAGAAUCUCUCUGAUGCAGAACUAAGACAAAUGGAAAAGUAUUUUAAAAUCAAGAGAAGGUCUGGAGGGGGAGAGUGUAAGAUCAACAAAGUGGGUGACACAACUUACAUGACAACUUUUAUGGAGAAAGAAGCCCAGGAAAGAGUACUAGAACGAAAGGAUCACGUCAUUAAAAUAGAAGGACAAGAGGAGAUCCAUGUUUUAUUGAGGUGUGAAAAUGUUGCUGAAAGCAGCAAACAAUCUAAAGAAUCUCCAAAUCAGGCGCUUCGCUCUGGACUUUGCAGAGUUUUUGAGCUGUGUAAGCAGAACUGUUGGGAAUCUGUUGCAUUGCCAGUAAUCGGACCCGGCAUAGUGCUGUCAAUACCGGUCAAAGACUCUGUUAAUAUUCUUACUCAUGAGAUCUGCGAAUUUUUAUCUGGAUCCACUGGUUGCCUGGACACCAUUUGUAUCGCAAUAAUGGCUAAUUAUGCUCAUUCUGAAGAGCUGUUCCAGACAGUCUGUGGGAAUCUGAGUGCAAAAAUGGUGGACAACACAGGGGAAGCUCUGUUUCAGUCACUGACCUCUGACCUUGAUGAGAUCAUCAUGCCAGUAGAUGGGAUUGAACUCCAUCUAGUGUUUGGAGACAUCACUAAUGAGACUACUGAGGCCAUCGUGAACACCACUGACUUUAAGGACUUCCAGACAGCUGGAGUGUGUAAGGACAUCCUUACUAAGGCAGGACCUCAAAUCCAGGCUCAACUGACAGGCGCUCGGGCAGCGAGCGGGCAGAUCUUCAAGACCCCACCAGGAGGCUUCCCCUGUAAGACCAUCAUGCAUGUUUGUGGAGAGAGAAACCCUGAUGUUAUCAAGACCUUGGCAAAAGAAAUAGUGGUUCAAUGUGAGCAUGGCUGCUACAGGUCUGUGGCCAUUCCUGCGAUCUGCGCUGGACAAGGAAGUUUGGAUCCAAAUGUGGUGGCCAAGUCCAUUCUAGAGGGAGUAAAGGAAGGUGUUCAAGGAGCGAAUCUUCAACAUCUCAAAAACAUUCGGAUCAUUCUGCUGAAGAUUAAUGUUUUUCUCGCAUUCAAAGCAACAUCAAAGCAAAUGUUUGGCGGUAAUACGCAGUUAACAGCUCCUGCACCACUUGUACUUACCAGUGUAACCACCAGAGGACGCAGUGCAACCAGUAUCAGGCACAGUGGAUCAACUAGAUCAAGCAGAUCACAUUCCUUACCCUUACCAGUCGCUUUGGACUUCAGUUCUCUAGUGACAUCUUUGCCUGACACAGAGAGCACAGCAGCAUUUCUAGUCAUUGGUCACACCAAUAAUGAUGUUUCUAAUGCCUGCAGAGAUCUUCAGCAGGCAUAUAAGGACCAGUGCUCCACACACACUUUCUUUCCUGAUGAGAUUGAACGCCUCACUCAAGAGGAGAUGGACCAGCUGCUCUCUAAAGUGAAUUCACUACACCUGCAGAUAGCACAGAACAGUUCUGAAGAAUGGGAAGUUGAAGGACAGAGGAACGGAGUGAAUGAGGUGGUUAGACUGAUACAAGAUGCACUUCGCAGACAGGUAAGAGAGAAGGACCAGACCUUCCUCUUCAGUCAGGUCACGUGGUGCAUUCUGGGACCACGGGGCAUUUGGCAGAAGGUACCAAAAGACGUGAAUUAUAAGCUUGAGAAAAGAGAUGUGAAAGAUGGAAUUGAGGAUGCACAGGCUGUGAAAUGGACUGUGGAUUUGCAAAAGAUGGAGGCCACAUCAUGUGAUUCAGGACAGGUGACCGCUCUCAAACGACUGGAGAACCCUUCAGAUUUGUCUUUGCCAAUCUACUGGGACAACAUGAGUCAGAGUGACCUCUUAAAGGUGAUUGUCUUAGAUCCAUCAUCUACAGAGUACAAGACUGUGAAGAUGGGCUUCAAGAGGACAGUCAGAAAAACCGUGCUCAAGAUCGAGCGCAUCCAGAACAUGAAUCUUCGGCGGUUAUACGAGGCACGUAAAAAAGAGUUGGAGAACAGAAAUGGUCUAAUUGUGGGAGCAGGAGAGAAGAUCCUUUAUCACGGCACAUCAGAGGCGUCCUGCUCAUCCAUCAUGAAGUCAAACUUUAAUCGCAAUUUUGCAGGGCAAAAUGCCACCGUCUACGGACAUGGGACGUACUUCGCUGUGAACGCCAGCUACUCUGCCCAUCCUACCUAUGCAAUUCCUGCAGCAGACGAGACUCAGCUCAUGUUUGUGGCUCGUGUGCUUACGGGUUAUUACGCUAAGGGUCAGGGGGACAUGAGGACGCCCCCUGAGCGCGUGGCUCCUGACCUCUAUGACAGCGUGGUGGAUGAUACGCAGAAUCCCUCCAUGUUUGUAGUUUUCCACGACUGCCAGGCUUAUCCUGACUACCUCAUCACAUUCAAAUGAACUUGUGCAAAAACCAACUCUGGAUUUUAAACCAGGGUUGAUCUUACAUUAAAAUGUAAUCAUUUAGGGGACACUGUUAUGUAGAGGGUUUGAUUUAGUUAGUUAACGCAUACCUUUUUAUGCUUUAUGCCACAACUAACUGGUGCUCAGCAGAUAUGAGUGUUUACGUAACCAGUAUAAUUCAGAUUAGACAGUUUUAUGAUAGCAAAUAAAAAUUUGUGUUCUUCAGGAAAUCUUGAAAUUUACAAGAAUUUAUGAGCAGAAAAUGUGCAAUAUCAACUGGUAAAGCGGUCUGUAGAUUGACAGUAUGAUAUUAAAUACUUGUGUGAGUUGCAAAUGUUUGAAGUCUGAAAGAGAAAGAUUCAUCUGUCUCUUGUGCAAACAACAGAAGUGGCAUGCAACUAUGAUAUUUAGCUUCAGGGCGAUCGAUUCAUCGCUCCAGGAUAAAAACGGGCUUUUAAAUGUGAUUUGGUCGUAUUCCAAUACUUCCUUCUCAGUUCCCAUGUCUGUUUCAGGCUCCUUGCUGUCAUGAAGAAACAAUUUGGCAUUGUUUUGUAUGAAAUGUAGGAGUUUGCGCAAUUUGCAGACACAGCUAUCUAUGCAAUUCUUUCAAACAUCAACUGGAAGUACUUCAGAGAAACCAAUAAGACCUGUUUAUAUUGCUACAAAAAAUAGUUGUUAUUGUAUUAUUUGGCUUAAUUUCUACUUUAUCUGAAAAUAAUUUAGCUGCACAUACAGAUCAAUCUGUUUUAUUAAGUAUGUUUAUUAGCUAUACUUUAAUAAUUAGGACAUUUAUGAUAAAAAAAAUAUUAAAAUCUCCCACUGACUUGUUAACUUUCAAAAUGUUUGCAAUUCGAAAUUAAUUUAACAGACGUCAUCGUGAUGUUUGCAUAAUGAAUUGGGAUUGGUUUUUGGUUUCCUGUCCUUAUCACAAGCACUAUGAAUCACCUGUAUUUUA